UAGCGUAGGCACAAUUUGAUUGCUUAACACAUAAAUAUACUCAGACGCCUUAUAUAAUCUAUUCAUAAUAUAAAUAUUAUUUCACUUUAUUCAUGAGCUCCUAAAACACUGCAAUGUUUAUCAAUAAAUCCAUUUGCGCCUAAUUAUAACAGCUUGUCGGUUGUAAUUGUCUAAGUUGUUAGGCUUGUUGCAUGCCACAGUGUCGGCAAGCCGUCAAAAACUAAGCCACAAACGCUUAGAAUAUGAAUUCGCAAUGAACUGGAAAACUCGCAACAGUCACGCCAAAAUCUGUUGCAUAUGUGCAACAACUGUGUUUGCUGAGAGUAAGCCCCACUCUGCCAAAUUUCCCCUACAUAUUUCAAGUUUAUAGCACAUUUGAGGCGCAAGCGUCAAGGUGCUAUAAACAAACAUAAACAAAUAACUGUUGCGCCCGGCGCAGCAAUGUUGCCAAGUCAACCGUAGCAACAUUGCUGAGACGCAAACGAGCAACAGUUUCUUGCAUGACUUCCGUAUGCAAAAACUUUUGCUAUUUCUAUUUCUAUUUUUUUAUGAUUGACCUAGGCCUAGGCCUCGGUGCAGCAACGGUUCAUUCAACCUGCUCGGUUGCUAGGAAAACCAGUUGCUCGCUCGUAAUAAAUAUUAAAGCCCAAUUAUUGCCGGCAAACCGCAAAGCGGCUGCAAAGCAACUCAUUGAAGCUGAAAAGUUGCUUACAUUUAUAAAUGUGACUUUGCCCAAGUCUAUCCCAACACUUCUCGCGCAAUGCUGCAGUUGGGAUUGCUGCUGCUGAGUGCCGCAUCGGCAAUUGUUGUCGAGCGCAACAUGUUUGCCUACUACAAGGUGCCUCUGCGGCUGCUCGACUUGGCCAGGCCUCAUGCAAACGACUCUUCCACUGCCGGCCUCUACUAUGUGCUACAGUGUCCGCCCAAGCUGGACGACAUCAUACCCAAGCCCAGGGACAUGCAGACCUGCCAAGUGGUGGACCACUACAGAGAUAAGUCCCGGCACUCCAGAUACAAAUCCAAAAGGCUUCGGCCAGCCCGCACUUACCUCAUGCCACUGCCACCAACAACCGUUAAACGUAUGCGCUGGGGCUGGCGUCAGCGUCGCAGCAAACGCCACAACCAGGACACCGCACCAGCCCAGGAUCAGGCCACCCCACUUUCAUACCUUGGCCAGCCACAUAGCCGCCAAAAGCUGCUCAAACUGGCCGCGGAUCAUCGGAAAUUUAAGCGAGGCAACAGCUCCAAGGGCUACCAGCACAUGUACCAUCGCGAUGAGGUCUACAACGAUCAUAUCUUCUACGAUGAGCUCCAACUUGAUGGUCAGUACCACAAUCUGGGGAAAGCUAAAAUUGGAAACUAAUUGGCAGCACCUAUGCCCAUUCCAAAUUCUCUUUAAUAUACCAUUAAUCAUUCACUAUAAAUAUAAAUAAAUAUCCAAUAUAAGCUUUUGCAACAAAACUCCAAUUUAUUCUAUAGGUAUAAUUGUAAUAAUAAUUUUAACAAUUAAAUUCUAUUACUG